AUGGCUGCCUCAACAGAAGUAAACUCUUCGACGACGACGACGACGACGACGAUUGUUCAACUGGGAGACGAUCUCCUCGUAGAAAUCCUGAUUCGCCUCCCGAACCCCAGAUUCACCUGUCGAUGCAAAGCCGUCUGCAAGCGAUGGAAUUCCCUCAUCUCCGAUCCAAUCCGCUUCAAUCGCCGUUUCGUUUCCCACCACCAGAGCAGGAACCGGCAACCUCCUCUCCUUCUACACUCGGACGACCCGCGAGCUAUCAUCAGGAGCUUUAUCCCCAUGACUACUUCACGUACCCACAGCUCCUUCUCGGUAAUGGAUUCUUACAAGGACUUGGUUCUAUGCGGGUUUUCGAAUGUGGGUCCCGCCAGCGGCUACAGCGAACCGGUCGCAGAAUUGUACAGGUCGUACUUACUCUGCAAUCCGUUUACUAAGCAAUGGGUCGCCCUCCCUUUGGCGCCCGAAUUGCCCACGGGGUGUUGGCACUUCUUUACAAGGUUAGUUUGCGAACCCCGGAUUUCUAAUGAUCUUGAUCUAGGAGAGGAAGUGUUUGCUUAUUCUUCUGAGUUUCGAUUUCGAGUGAUUUCCUCGUGUACUUGUCAUACCAUUUCAGAUUUCAUAGUGGCAUCUGGAAAAGUUGAUGAGGUGCCAGGUGCUACUCCUGUUCUCAAGUCUGAGAUUAUGGCUGAGGUGGAAGCAAUUCUAGAGCCACUCCUCCAACUUCCACAUGGUCCUCCUCUCAUCCAGCGUGCAUUGUUUUUCUAUCACCGACAGCUGCUACAAAAGCUUCUAUUUGUUGAUUCUGUAACUAUGGCCAAUGAUGUUCAACUGGCUGCCCUUUUUCCUGGAGUUGAUCCGAAAAGUGCUAUUAAUUCCGAGUGCAACGAGGUAGUUCAGUUUCUAACACAUUCUCAUCGCGAGGACGUGACCUAUAGAGCAAUGACUGUGUAUCGCGUAUUCUUGAUGCAAGGAUUGGGAGGAUUUAAAACUGAAGUCAGGGUAAGUGAUAAGCAACUAAGUGGAAGUGCUGCGCAGACCAUUCAAGGCACACUUGCUCAGCCAACUACGCUCCAUAAUAAUCUUCUUAAAGACUGUAUAUCGCGUAUUCUUGAUGCAAGCAAAAUGAGAGAAUUUAAAACUGAAGUCAGGGCAAGUGAUAAGCAACUAAGUGGAAGUGUUGCACAGACCACUCAAGCUGCUGCUGGAGUUGGGGAUCCAACUGUGGCGCAGAAUGUUCCUCUGGAUGCUGCUGUUGCUGGAGGUUAAAAUCCUGUUGGGUUACAUAUUUAGAGUAGUAGCAGCCGCAACCAAUGAGGCGGGCUGUAGGCGAUGAGAUUAAUUGGGUGAGCAAUGGAAUAUGGAAAGCUAUAUUUGUUGGGUCACGUCGAGAAAACAAACAACCAACUCAAAAAAUGAGGAAGCACAUUAGCACAAAAUAAAGUUUUUAUUAAUUUUUUUGGGGUUUAAUAUCUUAUAAGAAGUUGUAUGUUACAAUUAUAAGUUGCAG